CAGCUUCAUCCUUACUAUGUUUUAAAACUCUUCCAAGAGGCGGAACACCAUCUGAGCCAGCUGCCAAAUAUUAACAGAAUCUCUACCUGCUACAGUGAGGAGAUCACCGUGUGUGGAGACUUACAUGGACAAAUAUUCGACUUGUUUCACAUAUUUUACAAGAACGGACUUCCUUCUCCGCAGAAGUUGUACGUCUUCAACGGUGACUUUGUGGACAGAGGCAAGCAUUCCAUUGAGAUCCUGAUCAUUCUCUUUGUUUUCCUCUUGAUUUACCCCAAAGAGGUCCACCUGAAUCGAGGCAACCAUGAGGAUUACAUGAUCAAUUUCCGCUACGGGUUUACCAAGGAAGUCACCCGCAAAUAUAAGGAUCAUGCCAACAGACUCCUGGCGGUGAUCAAGAAUGUCUUCAGCAGCCUGCCAUUGGCAACUGUGAUUGACAGGAAGGUCCUGAUUGUACAUGGAGGCAUAUCUGAUAAGACCGAUUUGGAACAGCUAGCCAAAGUUGAGAGGUGUAAGGUUGUGGAUAUUCUAUGGAGUGACCCUGAUCCUAGACCUGGAUGCACAAUGAAUUUGGAAAGGGGCGGAGGCUGUUACUUUGGACCUGAUGUGACGGAUAUGUUUCUGCAGAAACACCGCCUGCAGUUCAUCAUCCGUUCUCACGAAUGCAAGCCAGAAGGUUAUGAAUUCAACCACAAUCGGAAGGUCAUCACCAUAUUUUCGGCUUCCAACUAUUAUGCAGUGGGCAGUAACCGGGGUGCUUACAUCAAACUGGGACCUGACCUCAUACCUCAUUUGGUCCAGUUUCAAGCCACCAAAGGAGUAUCCCGUCAAAUGAACAUAACUCAACGGUCAGCCAGCACUGCGGACAGUUGCCUCAUCACCAUAAAUGACUGGGCAAAAGCCAUAGAGUCGGUCCUCCAGCUAGGACUGCCAUGGAGGAUGCUGAGACCACAUCUGAUACUGCAACUGACCAAUGGAAAAGUGGACUACAGGACGUGGCUUAAAGACAUUGUGACAGAAGAGAAAUCUGCAACCCAAGAGCGCCUUCAGUCGAGUUUGCUGGAAAGCAUUUACCGAAACCUGUCCAAUCUGGAGACUAUCUUCAGCCUCAUUGACACUGAUUGUUCAG